AUGGAAAAAUACGAGGUGAGAUGCUUUUUACAGGUGAUUGACGAAGACCCGGAGUUCGGUAAGGUUGUUAAAUACUUUAGGCCAUCUGACUACGCCAUUUGGGCCGGCUCCACUGCUUUUGCACCUCUUCUUCUCCGUCUUAUGGAAAGGUACGAGCCUGCAACAGGAAGAACAUUCAAAUCUCCACCAGCGAUGUUUUUGAGAGCGGCGGGCCUCCUCGGUUUCAUUGGAGGUUUCUACUUUGCGUACAACGAGUCUACAAAGAGAUUCUGGGGUAUCACCGAGAACUCAAAGGAAGUGGAAAAGGAUAGAUAUGAGACCAAGAGACUUUUAUCACAGGGAAAGAAUCCAUACGGAGUGGACCAGUCAUCGUUGUCUCCGUAUUUACAAGAUGUUGCUUCGAGAAACUCUAAUCAUUCGCAGAUGUUACUUGCUUUCAUUCCUUGGUUCAAUUUUGUUAAGCAUCCUAAUCAUGGGGUUGAUCUUAAAAAGUACUAUGAAAUUAGGAAAGGUGAGGAGAAAUGGGGAUUUGAUAAAUUGGUGCCUUUGGAUCAGAUUCCUGGUGUCACUAUUAACAAGAAUUGA